CCCUAAUAAGAGGUUAUAUGUAUUUUGUAUUAGAGGUUUCUUGUCUUUUGCAAUAGACGUAUGAGGUAUUUUGUAUUAGAGGUUUCUUGUAUUUUGUUUUUUGCAUUAGACGUUUUAGGUCUUUGGUAUGGCAUUAUGUUACAUGUGUGUUUUGAAUUAGACAUUUCUACAUGGCAUUAGGUUUUUGCCGCUUUCCCCCGCCAUAGCCCUACAAUAAUGUGAACUUUUGCAUGGACAAGGAGAUAAAAUAAUAUUCUUGUGUACUAUAUAUAGAGGAUAUUUGUCGUUUUAGAGUAAAUAACAUAUUUUAUUUCAUCGAGAAGCAAGAAAACUUAUAUUUUCACAAAACGACAAAUGUUCUAUUUAUUUUAUGAUUUUACAAUCAUUUUAGGUAAAAACAACUAGCCAGUGGAAUAACACUUUUAUUUCACUGAUAAAACGCGGUAUUCCACUACUGAUCAUAAAAUAAAAGUACAUAUUAAACAUUGGUAUCAGGCGUAUUCAUUACCAGGCUAAUUCAUUACCGGUAAAAUCGGCGUAUUCAUGACCAGUAUAUUAUAGGGUUGAUUGGUCGGUGUAUAAAGGUGCUAAUUAGUAAUCAUCAGUGUGGAUAGAAGCCUAUACGAUAAUUAUUAAUUAAUGAUUGGUGUUUGAUGUAUUAAAAUUGUUUUUUUUUAUUAUUGAGUUGUUUAAAUUAUUUAAUCUUAAGCUUGAGAUUGUAAAUCCCAGCUUUGUUAUUUUGUAUUUUAAACUUCAAACCAAUUCCGAUGCAAGCUUGGAAUUUGUAUAUAUUUCGAAUAAAAUAUGAAACUUUCACCAUUUGAUAUCGAUAUCUCAGAUACAUAUCAAGUUAACUAUAGCCUAAUUCCAAUGGAUCCUUGUAUCGCUUGCCGUUCCACCGUGCGUCAGGGGGGUUGGAUGGCUGAAUGGUUAGCGUGCGCGCGCUGUAUCAUAAAGUCUGUCAUUGGGUCGACUGGCGUGGUUUCGAAUCCCCGGUUGUACGUGACAAGGAGUAGGGUCGCCUGUCCAACCUCGUGGGUUUUCUCUACGGGUCCUCCGGUUUCCUCCCACUGCUAAAGACCCCUACGCGCAAGCGAAUUAUUGAAAUAAAAUUAAACCGUAUGUUAGUCCCGAAAUGACCUAGUUUGUGUCGAGUGGACGUUAAACCCCAUUUCUCUUUCUCUCUCUCUCUCCACCGUGCGUCCCAGACAAGAAGGUCUUCAGUGUGAAGAGUGUAAUCUAUAGCAGCAUAGAAAAUGUACAGGUAUGUAUUUAUAAUUUCACAGAUUUUGCUUGCUUUCAUUAGUAUUGAAAUAAAUCAUAAGUAUUGAAAUAAUUAUACAAGUUUUGCUAGCUAUACUUACUCGAACUUAUAUUCAUAAAAUAUUGAACCCAUUCACUAAAUUUUAAAUAAUUUUGUUCUCUUUAGAUAUAUCUCAGGCAGCAUAUAGAAGAGCGGUGAAAGGGUUAGAAGAGAUUAAAUGGACAUGUACUCCUUGUAUAAAGCCUGUAUCAUUACCACCUCAUCAUAUCCAUAUUCAAAAUUAUCUGUGUACGGUAGGCCUAUACAUGUAGACUAUAGGACUAGUCUGACUCUCUUUUUUAUGGAUGUUUUGCCAUUAAUAUUUUACCAGUCUUAGUUUGGAAUCAACGUCUACCAGAAAAGAUCUCAAAAUGGCCUGCAGUCAACCAAAAAUGAUUUAUAAUAGACAGCUAGCAAGAUUGCUUACUUUUUUCAUACUACCUGACAAACUGUUUAAAUCCACUAAUCCCUCAUCAUUUCUAGAAUUGUCUAAACAGGGUUUAUAUUGUGAAUCAGACAAUGAAACUGAAGUAUCAUUGAGAUGUAUGUUUUGCAAUGGCCAUUCAAAAUUAAAGACAGGAAAUUUUGAGUUUGGUCAUUUAAGUUGUCAUGAUGACAAGAAAUACAAGGACGAUGUACCGGUUGAGUUCACACCAUUGCAACAAGAACAGGCAUUUACAGAAUUGAGUAGACAUCGUAAUACAUUGUCUCCUUUACACUUCAAAAAUUUCUUAGAUGAAUUUCAUAGUAGAGAUUAUGAGAAUGAUCCGUCUCAAAUAGUGUUGGCACUUCAAAAGUCACUGUUUAAUUCUCCAGAUAAUGUUGGAUUAUAUUCCAACAUUAGUGAUGAAGAUGGAUAUUUAAGGGACAUUGAUCAUCCAGAAACACUUGCCACCGGUAUAAAUAUUGAUCAAGACAGAACUAGAGAUGAUAAUAGUUCAGAGAGUACCAAUAUACCAACCGAUCAUCAUUUAGUUAGAGAAAAUGAUACAAACGAGACAUCCCUAGAAUUGGUGAUCACAUCAAAUGUAUCUGCAGUUCCAAUAUCAGCACAGGACAUACAUGUAAGGUUAUCUCAACAACAACCUACAUUGCAACAGAGGCUGUCAACUUUCCAAGACCUACAUGUACGAUGGCCCAAUCCAGAAAAUAUGGCUUAUUCCGGUUUCUCCUGUAUUGGGCGAGGUUCUGUUCAGUGCUUUAGUUGCCGUGGUGUGAUUGAUGACUGGCUUCCUGGAGACAAUCCAUAUACAAAACAUAAGGAAGAGUUUCCAAACUGUCAUCACAUUAAUCAUAUAUUUUAUGUAACUGGCAUUCCCCUUCUACGGUCUGGUUAGUCACGACAAUCUCCUGUAUAAACUGAUCAAUAUGGAAUGAAAGGUUAUGUCUUUUCCGAAGACGAUUCAGGAUGCAAUUUAUAAAUUCUAUUGUGGCAUUGGUAGAAAUUUGUUGGACACAUGUUACAAUUUAUAAUUGGUUUCGGACAUGGUUAACUUUUAUGUGUGUUCAUUUGGCUAAAUUACUCCUUGAAGAUAAACAUCAAGAAUAUUUAUGUGAGACACUUCAGAAAGUAUAUUUAUGUGGGACACUUCAGAUUGAGGUUAUCUUCAGGAUGGUGAAAUUAUUUACAAACCUGCAUGUGUAAUAGACAUAAACAUGUUUGGUGUUGAUUAUCCAUGUGUAUGUAUGCAAGAUGGCCUUACAGAGAUUAUGAAUAUGAGUAGUGAUGAAGCUGAGAUCCCCCGAGUUACUGGAGAUUUGAAAGAAUAUGAACUAGUCAAUAUAAUAUGAAGAAUGUGGGGACCCUUUGGGACUAAAUCUUAUAGUCGCUUCAUGAGAGAAAUCAUAAAUUUUUAAUUUAGCCAAAUUUCUAUCAAGAAAUAUGCAUCAAAAGUAGCAAAACCUUGUAGAGUAUCAAAGAUGAAUGGCAAGUUGCCUACUCUCAGUACUCUGAAACUAGAUAUUUAUGUGCUAAAUUGUAAAUGUCAAAUUCCAUCAAGGAAACUUGAAAGAAAUUCUGUGGUUAUGUACAUUUGUAAACAUAAUUUAUUGAGGUAAUUGUUAGAAUAUGUUGAAUUAACUGAUAAUAAAAUACAAUAUACAUGUACUAAACAUUAUUAAAUCUUAGCUCAGUAUUUUGCCUAAAAAUGGGAAGCAAUGAAAAUGUUAAUAUUAGAUACACUGACAUUAAUGUGAAUCAAAAUUGCACUCACAUACAUACUUAUUAAAAUAAAUGUGGAACUUUACAUCAAAUCCUUGU